CGUCAGAUCCUGUCACAAGGUGAACAUAGAUGCUUCAAAGACAGCUUUUUCUCUCCUGUCGUUACUAGUUAGUAAAAUUAGCCAAACUCUCAUCGUUAUCGGACAACUUAAAAUGGGUAGUUGAUACAAUGAUUAGAUUAAUACUAAAUGUAUCCAUUUGUGAAGAAUUGAGAAUGGAUCAUCUGUAUAAACUGUCAACGUUUGCUCCUGGUCGUAGGUUUGCUAGCUAACGUGGUUAGCUAUAUUUGUAGCCAGAGCACUCUCUUCUUGUAGCUAGCUAGUUUAGCUGGCUAACUCUGCUCGGCCAGCUACGGGCGAACAACAACUAGCUAAUCCAGCCACUUGUCAGCACAGUUCAUUGUAACUAACUACGUAAGUCUGACAGUUAACGUUAGCUAAAGAGAAUGGCGUCGUCAUUUGUGAUUGGAAACACAUUUCGAGAGAGGGUAAGAGACUUGCUGGAGAAGGAUGAGGCUUCAGUUCCAACAGAACUACAGAACGAAUUGGAAGAUAUUCUUCAACAGGAACAACCAUCAACUCUGUCUUUCAGAACUGCAAGAAAACUUCAUAAAUGUCUGCUAGACAAUGGUCAACCCUUCUACCUUAAUGAGUUGUUGGAGGACAGCUCAUUGCACCUGCCUAAGGUUGAAACGCCCCCCAGAAACCCUGUGCUCGUGGCUCGUCUGGAGAGAAUCAGAGCCAAGUUGGCCAAUGAAGAAUACAACAGGAUCACACGGAAUGUAAACACUCAGCAAAUGAAUCGUCGUGAGACAUUGGCGGACUUUGGGAGAGAAGUGCGCUCAGCCAAAGCUGCUGUUGUGACGGUCUUAAACUUCCUAGUGACAGUGGUGGCGACGUUCGCCUGCUCCUAUCUCGGCAGUCAAUACCUCUUCACAGAGACAGCGGCGAGGGUGAUAUCUGCAGUGAUUGCUGCAUCCGUAGUCGGCCUGGCAGAGCUGUAUGUUCUGGUACGGACCAUGGAGGGAGAGCUAGGAGAACCAUAGCGCCAGUCAGUGUUCUUAUCAACAAAACACAUUGCUGGAGAACUAUGCCCUUACCUGACCCACUAGUGGACUUCAAAACAGAAAUCAAAGGGGUUACAUUUACAUUACAUUUUAGUCAUUUAGCAGAUGCGCUUAUCCAGAGUGACUUACAGGAGCAAUUAGGGUUAAGUGCCUUGCUCAAGGGCACAUCGACAGAUUUUUCACCUAGUCAGCCCGGGGAUUCGAACCAGCAACUCUUCGCAUACUGGCCCAACCUCUUAACCGCUAGGCUACCUGAGUGGAAGUCGAUGUACAGCUUUGACUUAACCCCAAAACUAGUGAUAAGAAUUGUCCCACGUUAUUCAUGAAUUGAAAACGGAUUAGUGUGAGGAUCUUGAAUGUGACCCAGAUGUAAAAGUUGUUUGUGCUUUACCAUCGCUGCUCUAUCAUGAUGACGUUGACUCCGUGUUUCCCAACUCAUUUAUUUACUAAUGUGCACUAAACAAGUUGGGAUAUUUAGCUAUUUAUUUCCAUCCAUUUUGCUUUCAUAGGGCCUGUUAAAAUAACCCCAUUUAAAAGAAAAUGUAGGUUAAUUUCCUACUAGGAUGUAUCAGGGAUUUUUUCAUACAAUAGUUUAUUCAUACUGUACUUUACACUCCUUCAGUGUGUUUCUGUGUAGUCAAUGUUUGUUUGUCUACUCAAUAAAAUGAGCGGCUAUGUAAUUACAAACUCUAA